UGUAGUGAUUGACUGUGGCCAUCCUGGCGUUCCUCCGAACGCGGUCCUCUCUGGAGAUAAAUAUACGUUUGGGUCUACUGUUCAUUAUACCUGCACAGGCAGACGAUCGCUGUUAGGGCAGUCAUCUCGUACAUGUCAGUUAAAUGGACACUGGAGUGGAUCUCUUCCUCAUUGCUCAGGUGAUACAGCUGGUUCUUGUGGUGAUCCAGGUAUCCCAGGUCAUGGGUCUAGAGAAGAAAACAAUUUUAAAAUUAAAAGCACAGUACAUUUCAGCUGUGAUAUUGGAUAUAUCCUCCAUGGCUCAGAAGAAAGGACAUGUAUGGCAAAUGGAAGUUGGACAGGAAGGCAACCUGAGUGCAAAGCUGUGCAGUGUGGUAAUCCAGGAACAACCGCUAAUGGAAAAGUAUUUCGUAUUGAUGGAACUACAUUCUCUAAUUCAGUAAUUUAUUCAUGCAUGGAAGGUUACAUACUUUCUGGAUCAUCUGUAAGACAGUGCACUGCCAAUGGAACAUGGUCUGGAUCUUUGCCAAACUGCACAAUUAUCAGUUGUGGAGAUCCAGGAGUCCCAGCCAAUGGCAUGAAAUACGGUGAUGAUUAUGUUGUUGGACAAAACGUUACUUAUAUGUGCCAACCUGGUUAUACAAUGGAAUCAAAUAGCUCCCUAAUUCGCACUUGUACUAGCAAUGGCACAUGGAGUGGAGUAAUUCCAGCAUGCAAAGCUGUUACCUGCCCAACUCCUCCGCAGAUCUCUAAUGGAAGGUUGGAAGGAACAAACUUGGACUGGGGAUUUAGCAUUAGCUAUAUCUGCUCUCCAGGAUAUGAACUUUCUUUUCCUGCUGUUUUGACUUGCGUUGGAAAUGGAACAUGGAGUGGUGAAGUACCUCAGUGCUUGCCAAAGUUUUGUGGUGACCCUGGAGUACCUGCUCAAGGGAAAAGAGAAGGCAAAAGUUUCAUCUAUCAGUCAGAAGUCUCUUUCAGCUGCAAUCCUCCUUUUAUUUUGGUUGGCUCCAACACCAGGAUUUGCCAAGCAGAUGGCACGUGGAGUGGUUCUUCUCCUCGAUGUAUAGAACCGACUCGCACAGCAUGUGAAAAUCCAGGAGUCCCAAGGCACGGCUUACAAAACAACACAUUUGGCUACCAG